AUACAGCUUUUACUGCAGGAUUCAUAGACCGCAGAACUUGAACGGUUCAUACAUUACUUAACUCGCAGUUAAGAUGUUGACAUGUUCAUGUUGACCGUCUUUCCCCAGGCCCCAUCUCUUCUGCACUGCAACACGUGCUCCUCCAUAAUUUAUAUGUGCUCCUCACUCUCGUAGUUCAGUUGUUAUGGUAACCAACAGUUUGCUAGUUGUUGUUAGCAGCUAUUUAACUUUAGCUAACUUAGUGUAGCCGACUGCUACUGCUUUCACAUAAGAGUGGUCUAUCUUGAUGAUUAUAGAUGCAUUAGUUUAUGUCAAUAUGGACACGGAUCCUUCAACGCGUUGGAAUGCUCUUUUUGACAGCUUCAAACCCCAUAUUCCGUCUAUUGAUUCGGAUUCUUCAUCAUCUGAAAAUGAAGAAGACAUAUCCAUCUUUCGGCGACCAGUAGCCCUUCUUCCUAAACACACAGAGGGCCUAGAGUGUCUGUCAUUGGAGGACUCUGAAAUAGAGGAGCUUCUAAUAUCUAUGGCACAGCCACAACUGUGUUUGACAGAGGAGACCCUUUGCCCUCAUAGAGAGCCUACAACUGAACCCCAUGGAGUUUAUCAAGCCACUGAUUUAGCCCAGCAGGGCACACACCAGGAGCUCAGUCCCAUAGGUAAUAAGGUAAAUGAGAUAUGCAGCCAUGACUCUAUUAGAAAUGCAGCUUGGGCAGGAGGCCAUCCAUGUAGCAACGUUCCUGUGGAGAUGAAAGGGGACACCUCAGAGCACCACAGCCAUGGCACACUAAACAGACAAAAAACAACUGAGUCCACAUCGCCACACCCUUCACAUAACACAGCUUGUGAAGAAAACACAGUGGAGUCACUCAAUGCUUUGAGAAAGACACAGAGAACUGAACCAAAUGGCUCUAUGAAAAAGCCACUACAAAAUAGUCAAACUGUUUUGUCUUUUGAGCCACUGGAGCACUGGGAUCUGGACCAGAUUCUUCUGACUCUUCAAACAGAUAGACUCUAUUUAGGAGUCAGUGUGUCUGACGAACCUAUGGAAAUACAACCAGAUGGAGACAAUGUAAGGUCACAGGAUACUAUAUUGGAGAGGCUGGCUGCUUUCUGUAGGACACAGUCAUGUGGAGAUGCUGAAGAGAAAAGGGAAACUGCGCCAGAUAAAACUUCUGGUGUGCCUCAGAAAGCACCUGUCCAACAUCCUACCAAUUUCAGACAAAAUGGUGGAUGGAGAAAGUCUUUCAAAAGGAUGGCAUUUGAGUUGCAGCCAAGCCGCCAAGAAGCGCCCACCGUUUAUAUUGAUUUACGUAACCCUGAGCCUCCCACGAUCACAACCAGACCAUGUAACAUCACUUCAUCACAAUCCAUGAAACUGACCAACCCCAACCUACACGACGAAAACCAAUCUGAUGAGAAAACAGACAGUAAUAUACGGUCUGGUUUACUGAAUGGAAAAGAGGAAGUAACUGGAAAGAGCCUGUUACUCAGAAUGUUACGCGAGGCGAACAGAAACAGGAGAGAGCCGGACAGGAAAGAUCCAGUUCCAGCAGAUUCUACAUGCAGAACCCCCAGAAGAGUGGCCUUGAAGGACAAGCUGCCUGAGGCUAACAAUGAGAUAACAUCUCUGCUUCCAGAGGUGGACAACCAAACCACAUCUCCCACAAUGAAGAGUGACCAAAACAGGCCGCCAGUUGAGAGAACACCUGCUAUUCAGCAGAGUGCUACUACCGGGCAGCCAAAGAAACAAAGUGACCGAGAGCAGAGAGAGCAACAGAAACAGAGAGCACAGCGCCAGCAACAGCUCCAGAAACAGCUGGAAAGCUUUAGACCAACAAGGUCUGCCGGAGACAGGGAGCCUGCCGCUGAGAAGACUGAUGUUCUUUAUGACACUGAGGCCUCUCACCUACAAUCAGUUAAUACUCUGCCUGCUGAUAUGGAGGAUAAGGAGUGCUUGCUGCUGACUGUAUGUCUCUCCAGUCCAGGCCUGGUAGCCAGCAGCAGUCAUCAUUGGAAAGCACCAACAGUGGAGUCAGCCACAACCAAAUCCCAUAUAUACAAUGCUCUGGUUGCUUGGUUUCUGUCUUUGGUGAAUAUUUAUUUGACUAGUUCUUGACAACGUCAUUCAACUGAGAUCAURUGAUUAUUUMUACUCUGUUUGAGAUGGAGUCCAUGU